CGAGAGUAUAUCGAUAAUGGUACCAUAGUUUGAAUCGAGCCUUAAUGUGAGUUUUUCUAUUGGUCUAAAAAAAUGUGUUUUCAAUUGUAAAAAUCGAUUAGAAAAACUAAAUUAUUCAAAAACAAUUCACGUUACAAUUUACUUAAGAUAUUGUAAGUGCUCAAUCCUACUUAGUCGUACCAAAUUCAUAAUUUUAAAAGAUUCUUAAAAUUUUAUUUGAAUCCAAGCCUGUAGGUAUAUCUGAAUAAACAUAUUUUAUAUCAGAGACUAAUCAAAUUAUAUUUCAAAUAUUUUUGAUCCGUAAUUAAAUAUAAGUGGCAUAAAACAGUAUUGUUUGCAUUAAAUAUCUAAUCAUUUUUCCAAUUUAGUCAUAAAAUGACGACUAAUAACUUAAUUCGUAUAAAAGAUUAUGAAGCAAAUGCAAAAAAAUUAUUACCAAAGGCGGCCUUCGAAUUUUUUGGAGAAGGUACAGGGCACGAAGACACAUUAAAAAAUAACUUGGAAUCUUAUAAAAGAUACAGAAUUAGGCCACGAUAUCUUCGUAAUGUAGAACAGAGGACUAUGAGGAAAAAGAUUUUAGGAAAGGAUGUAGCUAUUCCUAUUGGCUUAUCACCAACAGCAAUUCAAAAACUGGCCCAUAAAGAUGGGGAAUGUGCUGCUGCAAAAGCUGCUGAAGAGCUAGGUACUAUCUAUAUACUAAGUUUACACUCCACAUCUACCAUGGAAGAAGUAACGCAAGCUGCUCCCAAAGGUAGGAAAUGGUUGCAAUGCUACAUCUUCAAAGUAAGGGAAGUCGCUCAAGAGAUAAUUAAUACUGCUGAAAGACUAGGAUUCGAAGGAAUAGUAUUAACAGUUGAUUUUCCGGUACUAGGUUCGCGAAAUAUUAUAGCACAAUAUGGACAUCCUUUGCCCUACUACCUGAAGAAAGCUAUUCUAGAAAAAUACUUAGAUUCCGGAAUAAUUUCUAAUUCAGCAGAGGUAACUGAUCCAUCAGCCGACUGGAGUUGCAUUAAAUGGUUAAAAAGUAUAACUAAACUUCCCAUUAUUGCUAAAGGAAUCUUAACAGCCGAAGAUGCUAUUCUAGCCGUAGAAGCUGGAGUAUCUGCUAUAUUGGUAUCCAAUCAUGGUGCGAGACAACUUGAUGGAGUUCCUUCAACGAUUGAAUCCCUACCAGAAAUUGUCAGCGCAGUUGGCGAUAAAGUAGAAGUAUAUGUCGAUGGAGGAAUUAGAGAUGGUACCGAUGUGUUUAAAGCUCUAGGUCUUGGAGCAAAGAUGGUUUUUAUUGGUAGACCAAUUGUGUGGGGUCUGUUUCAUAACGGAGAACAAGGAGUUAAAAAUGUUUUAACGAUUCUUCGAAAUGAGCUUGACAAAGCAAUGGCAAUUUCAGGAUGUGCAGGUCUGGAUGAUAUUACAAAAGAUAAAGUUAUACAUGAAUCACAUUACUCUAAAAUAUAAUACAGUUGAUGAUAUAAAGCAACUAUAAAUAUUCUUUAAAUAAGAUCUAAUAUAUAUUUGUGUAUUUUAUUAAAUGUAAAUAUUAAAACUGUCUUUUUUUUUUCAAUAAUAACACUGGAUAAAACCAAAAGGCCAGUCUAUUGUAGUAAUCUAUUAUUCUUUAAUUGUUUUAUACACUAUUGUUACAUGAUUACAUUAUUAUUAUUAUAUUUUAGCUUACAGCUAUCAAAAUAAUUGA